GUUAAUAGCAUUGAAAAAUAACUUUACCUAAAAGCUAAAAGGUGAUGAACCGCGCAACUGGAAUAACGAAUAGUUAAUAGUCACGCGGAGGUUGACGCAUGCUCUGUAACGUUUCCCCGGGGUGAUAUUCAGUCAGGCAAACUGAGCCAGGAACCGAGGCUAGUAGACGUUCGAUCGUUACGAGGUGAAUCGGUGGUCGGGAGUACCGCGAAACAAACAAUUUUGGACAUGCGUAUCGAUCGUUAUCGUUCGCACCUACGUAUGGCCACUUAUUUCUGGAAAAUAUCUUCCAUUAUUAGCAUCGAUUCUAAUAUUUAGUUUGCACAUCAAUAAUAACCUUUUGCUUCGUCACGAGGAAAAAACGGUUGAACAAGAGAAAAGAGAGCGGAAGAAAGAAGAGAAGGGAGAUAGAAAGAGAAAGAGAGAUAGAGAGAAAAAGCGAAAUCUAAACAAGAAAAAGAAUAUGGAAAAUAUUCUCUUAUACUACACUAUAUGAAAUGAGGAAAAUUCUCAAUUGAAGAUUUGGAUCAGUUGCUUGAAACGGAUUCGAAUUUUGGAAAAGUUGAAAGGAAAUUAAUUAGGGUGAGAUCGAAGCAAUCCUAGCAUGAUAUUAUUAGAUAAAAACCAUUUAGAUGCAUGCCGACAUUGGAUAAUCGGUCUCCAAUCUUCCCCGUAAAACGAAUGCGCACCACCUGUAGCUCGAUAUCUAUGCUCGAAAGGUCAAUCACCUUUUCAUUAUGUUUUUUUGCAAAUCAAGAAAUGAAGAAAAUAUAAAAAUAAAAUAGAAGAAAGGAAGAACGAGAAAUAAGAGGAAAGAAAUAAUAGUAGAAAUAAAAGAAAAAGAAGGAAAACGCGAUAGAAAAAACAAAGGCUAUCCGAUUUCUUAUUUUACUGUGAGACAAAUUGAGCAAUACAGUUUAAUAUCUAUUUUCAACAGGAUGUAUACUUUACAUAAAUAUUCUAAAUAUACCAUAAAUGAAAAUUAAUCGGAUUCGAAAUCAUUAAAGGAGAAAUUAUGACUGAAGAAAGUAACAAUACCGUUUCUUGCAAAUGGAGCAUGGAAGAACGGGAAAAGAUAUUAACUACAGGAACGCUAGAACAAAAAAAAGAAGCUUUCAAAGAUGAUGAAGAAUUAAUGAAAGAAACAACCAAAUUUGUAAGUGAUGUUAUACAAACGGCGAUCUCGGAAGCUUCAAAAAGGAAGAUGGAGAAAGGUGAUGAUAGCGAAGGAAGUAGAUUAAAGGGUAUCGGUAGCAUCACUGGUUGGAAUCGUCGUGCACGUGGAUUUUGCAGUCGAAUAUUGAACGCGCUAUGUCCGUGCUUCACUAGCAAUGAAUUAUUCGCCUGGACACCGUACCGAUAUCGCUUCACAAGACCGUAAUUGUUUGCUGCCUACCAGAAUUACCAUGUUUUGCCGAGCAACCAAUCCUAUUGAUAAGAUAAUAGAUAUCACGAAUAUUCGUGUAUGCAAAAUUAAAAGAAAUUAGUGAAUCGCGGUCAACGGUCGGUUCUUGAUCCUAUCUGCUAUUGGAUUUAAACAAUUACAAUUUUGUAUUACAAAUUGUCAAUAAUUUCUACAAUAUUUAUGUUUCUACAAUAUAUUAUCAGAAUUCUAGUCAAUCCGAAUAUCUAUACACGUAUGUAUGAAUGUAUAUUCGUAUACAUGUAUGUGUACAACUUAUGGUAUGUAGUUGUUCCCAAAAUUGUAUUAAAAUUUUAAUUAGGUAUCCUUUUCAUAAUGUGAGAUUACGAAGAGAUGUUAAUGUCUGAAAUAUCUUUCUUUGCAACAUUGCGUGUUAGGAGCGAUGGAUAUGCGAUUCUGUUUCCUUUCGUGUCCUUAUACGUACUUAUAUGUACUUAGUUCACCAAACAGAACGCAAAUAAUGCGAUUAUAAAUAAUGAAGAAAAAAAAUGAUAUCGAUGUGGAAAGAAAAUUAAUUGUACGUUAACUACGUAUUUACAUCAACUGCUAAUCCUUUGUGUAAUAAUUUUGUGCUAGUCAAAUAUCAAGAAAUAAAAGGAGAAAUAAAAAUGAAGGAAUGAGGAUGUACGAGUGAGACAGAGUAAGAAAAAAUAAUGAAAGAAAGGGAGAGAGCGAGUGAGCAACCGAGAGAGAGAGAGAGAGAAAGAGAGAGAGGAGUGAAUGAGAGAGAAAGAGAUUAACUAAAGAUUAUAUAUAUUCAGUGUACAAUUACUUGAUGUGGGAUCAAAAAAAAAGCCUAUUAACUGACAAUCAAAAAGAAAUGCAUUGUACAUGCAUGGAAAUUUAUUUACACAAACAAGAUUGCAAUAUCUUUGUUGCGAAUUUGUUGUAAGAAACAAUCAAA